CCCCGAAGUUUAUAACAUGAAAUGAAAGAGAAGGUGCAAGUAUGUGGGUGACAGUUAAAUGGAUUUUGACUAUGAAGGAGGGAUGUGAAACUGAAAAAAGGGCAGAUUCUGAUAGGCAAAUGAAUGAGGGAAAUGGGAAGAGUUACUAAACUCUUACCAAAACAUCAAGAUGACAAUGUGAAAUGCCAGCCAUUUAAUAGUAAUAGAAGGUGUCCCAGCCCGUGGCAGGUGGCUGGAACUGGAUGAGCUUUAAGGUCCCUUCCAACCCAAACCAUUCUAGGAUUGUGCCUUUUUCUAUUGGGUAUUUACAUCUGGAGCUCAUAUAUUAAACCUCUACUGGGUUAUAAAUACACACUGAUAGCCAGGGUAACUUCCCCCUCUUCACUCAGAUGGAAGCAGUCAGUGCUGCUACUACAGGUAGCCCAUCUUGCACUGAUCUGAAGCAGUUCAGGCCUUCAGGAACCAGCAGCACACAUAGAAGGGGUUGACUGCAGGGCAGUGGGUGAGUUGCAGGUAUGGGAGAAUGGCAUAUCCACUGUUCUGUGGUCGUUACUGGUCCCAGAAUCAGGAUUUAUAAAGUGGCUGAUAGUGUUUGACAAAUCAGAUGGAUGGGAGGUGCUUAAUGCAAACUGGAAAACACCUUUCAGCUGCUGCCAAAACACAUGGAAAUGGUAACUCACACUUUGUAGAUCAUUAGGAUGCUUGGGAGCUAUUGGAGUAUACUUGAAAGGCAUUACUCAAAGUUCAGAUUGAAACAUUUCUUUAGAAAUGACUAACAAUGUUGUAAGGGUAAUGCAAGCAUGAAAGUCAUCACUCCUAGUGGUGCCCUGGGAUGAGUAUUGCCAAAGAAACACAGGGAGAGAAGUUUUCCGUGCUAGAAGAUAAGAAUUGUGCUCUGUAAGUCAGAGAGCAGCCAUCAGCCUGGCGAACAGUUGUUCCUCUUGAAUUGUCAGCUUCUCCUGGCAGCAUACAUAAAGCUCCAAAAGACUUUAUUUCAUAAAUAUAUGGAAGUAGAAAGGAGGAAGUCCAUAACUGGCAGUAAGCCAGGCAGUGGAAUUAUACAGAAACUGUGUGAUGGAAGAGGCAGGAAAAAUGAUGAUAGGAGUAGAGUAGGAUUUCUUCCACAGACAGGAAAAAUUCCUCAAACAUGCAUUUACAUAGUCUGUAAGAAGUCUGAAGAAGGAAAAGGGCAAGCUGCUUGUGCUUUAAUCCAUGUGGGAAGGCAAAGCAAGGUGGGAGCUGUUUCCAGUUGGCUUUUCUCUCUCCCCUGUUGUUUCCUCACUAAGAAGGAAGGAUGACAAACAUCUGGAGGCAGGUGUUGCAUUGCUGCUGCUCCCUGAACCUUGUUGACUUCUCUGGGUACCAGAACAAGAACCUGUUUGGUGGGUCUGAUUUGAAUCUUGGUAAAGGGAGCAGCACACCAGUGUGUAGAGAUGAGCAGACUCAGCAAAUGGAUUAAAGCUUCAGGUAUUGACUGCUGUCAUUCAGACAGCAUCCAAGCUGUGCAUCCAUAGCAACCCUGUGCUAUGGAGCCUGUUUGGGGUUUUGUUGGGUUUGUUUCUGGUGUACUUCCAUCAGCGCAGAACAGCUGUAUCUGUGAGACCAACAAGUGGAUGGUGUGUGCCCAGCAUGGACCUGACAACUGCACCUGCACACUGGUAGGUUCAAAUCACAAGUUAGACUGUUCAACACUGACUUCAAGAUGCUUGAUAAUGAAGGCAGAAAUGAUCCUCUGCAAUGAGAAGAACGUCAGGGGCCACCUCCAUGGGCUGUUAAGUAAUGAUGGCAUUUACAAUACAGUCUGGAAGGACACUGGAAUCUUCAGCAGGCAGUUCAGUCAUACCAACGCUUGCAGGUGCGUGAACAAUGCUUGAGUGAGAACUAAAAAGGGUGACGAAAACCUCAGUAGUGGUGAACUGAUUAGAACAAACUGGAUCUACAUUGAGCUGAAGCAUGACCGGUCCAGUUCCUUUGAUGGUCCUGAUGUAGUGAAUGCCUUGAAACAUCUGUUUGAGAGCCGAUACAAACUGCACCCCAAAUACAUCACAGGCGGUAAUAACAUGCCCCCAGUUAUCCAAAUCCGCCUGAACCAGCAUGAGAAAUCCAGGUGUGAUGUGAAUAUAGCUGAUGUUUUCUAUGACUUUGAAAAAGAUAUAAAAGAUGACUCCAUAUUUCAUUCUAACAGUACAUGAACUGUCUGUGUCAAUGGAGAUGCUCUGGAUGUUGAAAAACUACAGAUUUACUACAUUGAUGAAAAGCCUGAGUUUUGCAUGCAGCAGCUGGGUGCUGGCUUUGGUGGUGCGGUGACAAGGGUGGUGCUGGCUGCUGGCAUGGGCAUCACUGUGCUGGCUCUUCUGAGGUGGCUGAAGACAAGAAAAUAUGAGAAAGGUGAUUAAACAAAUGGCUGAAAUGGGAGCACUGAGCUUACAGCUCUGAAAAGGAAAGGCAACAACAG